AUAGCAGAACUUGCAGGCAAAUUUACAAUUCAAGUUAUCCCUCAAAUGUUUUCAUUCUGUUUUUAUUUGCUGCACGGCUAUCUGAUUUAUUGAAUGAAAUGUAGUGAACGAGGAGAUGUAGCUAGAGCGAGGUUAUGCCUUUCUAAAGCUAUAAGGGCAGAUCCUAAUGACAUUGCGCUUAGAGUUCUUCAUGCAUCACUUUAUGCUAAGCUUGGAGAUUGCCACAGAGCUGCUGAGUCUUAUGAACAAAUAUCACGAGUUUGUCCUGAAGAUGUUGAAGUGCUGAAGAUAUCUGCCAAGUUGUAUGCUGAAUGUGGUCAGACAGAACGAAGUAUCAGCAUUUUGGAGAACUAUCUCAAGGGUCAUCCAUCUGGAGUUGAUUUUGGUGUUAUCGAUUUGCUUGCUGAUUUACUCAUGGAAACUAAUGCACAUGAUAAUGCUCUUCGGCAUAUUGAGCAUGCUCAGCAGGUUUACUAUCAGGAAAGGAAAUGCCUCUACAAUUGAAAAUCAAAGCUGGAAUCUGCCAUGUUCAUCUUGGAAUUAUUGAGAAGGCUGAGGUUUGUACUUCUAAACAUUGCUAAUUGUUUAUAUUGUUUAAAUUCUUCUCUGUCUGAGUGUUGAAUAGAGUAAUAAGGUGAGGAGCCAAAACAAAGUCAUUUUUAAAUUGUCUUUGCUCUUACCAUGUCCAAUUGUUAAAUCAAAGGUUUUCUGAUGGAUUUUUGAAUGUUUAGUUCUUUGUCAAUAUGCUUUUAAUAUUUACUGUAAAUGGGGCUCUCUGUUGCAAAUACAUAAUG